AUGUCUGAAGGCACAAUUAUGUCCAAGAAUGAUCAAAAAAUUAAAAUUGAGCCAGUAGAAGAGAUUGAAGAUGAAAUAAAGGAUGAGCUUGAUGAUAUUGUUAAAUCUGAAUCGUUUGUUGCGGAUAAUGAAACAUCUUUAGAAAAUUCCAUAAAUUCUGAAGUGACGAUAGAGGAAGAAGUUAAACAGGAGGUAAUUGAGACACCGACUUAUAAAUGUGACAUUUGUAAUAGAUCAUUUCCAGAAUCACAUCACUUAAAAGAGCAUAGGAUCGAUCACGUUCCAAGUCGUACCAAAAAGUACCGCCACGCAAGUAAAAAGUCUUUUAACCUAUCAAAAGGGUUUAAAUGUAAAAUAUGUUACAAAGUCUUGAAACAAUCGAAUUACUUAAAGACACAUAUGCGCAUUCAUACAGGAGAACGCCCUUUCAAAUGCGGUAUAUGCAAUAAGGCAUUCAAUAACCAAUGUGCUUUGAAAGCUCACAUGCUCAUUCACAGUGACGAACGCCCCCACAAAUGCAACGUAUGCAAUAAGACCUUCAGGGGAUCAACUAAUUUAAAAGCUCACAUGCUGAUUCACACUGAUGAACGCCCUCACGUAUGUAAUAUAUGCAAUAAGACAUUCAGACAAACAGGUGCUCUGAAAACUCAUAUGCUCAUUCAUAGUGAUGCAACCCCUCAUGAAUGCAGGGAAUGCAAUAAGGCAUUCAAACAUCUGAUCAGUUUGAGCAGACACAUGCUCAUUCAUUCCGGUGAUCAAGGAGGUACAAAUUUUGCAAGAAGGGAUUUAGACAAUCAAGUAUUAUGA